CUAGAAUCCCAAACUAUUCAAACUUGGGGAAUGAAAUUGCAGCUCACAAGUAUUUUCUCGUUAGAAAUUUGUGCACUAACGACUGUGACACAUGCAAUUUCCCACUACUUAUGACAAUAUUUGUAUGCUUAAAAUCACGAAAACUCCUCAUCCAUCAAUCCCACUUCUCAUUUUUUUUCUCCAAAAUGGCUAGUGCCAGUGCCACCCUCUUCUUCAUCCAAACAAUCAUCCUCCUUGUCUCCACUUUUUUCUUCACACCAGAAUCCUUCUCUUUCACCUUCCAUGGCUUCACCCAAACAGACCUCAACAUCGACGAAUCAACCGUGAUAAACGGCGGAACAGCAAUGCUAACCGACAGUACACCCAAUGCCACAGGCCACGCAUUCUUUCCCGCUCCAAUCCCCAUGCUCAACGCCACCAACUCUUUCAAUUUCAGCACACAGUUCGUCUUCCAAAUCAACCCCUCACACUCCAACGGAGGCGGCUACGGCCUCGCCUUCACCCUCUCCGCCUCCCGGGGCUUCCCGGGCGGCGGCACCGGCCACCUCAUGGGAGUCUUCAAGGACCUCAACACGAGCACCUCCUCCUCAAACCGCAUCAUCAUGAUCGAAUUCGACACCGUCAAAGGCAUCGACGAGGACAUCGAUUCCGACGGAAAUCACGUCGGAAUCAACCUUAACGGAAUGGAUUCCACUUCUUACAAAGCAACCGAGAUUCAUUUGCAGAAGGGCAGUCCUAUUAGAGCGUGGAUCGACUACGACGCAACCAGCAAACAAAUUAACGUCACCAUUGUUCGUGUCAAUGAACCGAAACCAGAACCCUUGAUGUUUGAUAUUGAUCUGUCAGAUGUCUUGUCGGAGAAUAUGUAUGCUGGAUUCUCCGCUGCAACGGGUGGAGACAAAUGGAGCUCCCAUUACAUCCUAGGAUGGAGCUUCCGCCUCAACGGCGCUGCCGAUCAUCUCGAUGCGUCUCUGCUCCCCACCGUCGUUGCAAACUCCGGAAGCAAUAGUGAACUGAGAAACGCGCUCCUGGCUGCAAUUUCUGCUGUGUUAAUCAUCUCAGUAGCGUCGUUGAUCGGCAUAGUAAUGUACCGGAGAUCGAGCCGAUUCGAGGAUUUGGAGAAAUGGGAGCUGGAUUUCCCCCAUAGAUUCCGGUACCGGGAGCUCCACGCGGCGACGAAAGGGUUUAGAGAGAGUGAGAUGAUCGGAAGGGGAGGGUUUGGAGCUGUUUACAAAGGGGUUUUGGCGAGCAGCGGCGUUGAGGUUGCGGUGAAGAGGAUCACAUCCAAUAAUCCGUUGCAAGGGAUGAGGGGAUUUGCGGCGGAGAUUGAGAGUUUGGGGAAGUUGAGGCACAAGAACUUAGUCCAUCUCCAAGGUUGGUGUAAGCGCAAAAAUGAUCUACUUUUAGUGUACGACUAUCUACCCAAUGGAAGCCUCGAUUCUCUGCUCUACAACCCUCACCCCAGUUUUCCCGUCGUGUUGAGCUGGGAGCAGAGGUUCGGCAUUGUCAAAGGCGUCGCUUCCGGCCUGCUUUACCUACACGAGGACUGGGAUCAGGUCGUCAUCCACCGCGACGUGAAGUCGAGCAACGUGUUGCUCGACGCCGACAUGAGCCCGAGGCUCGGCGACUUCGGGCUCGCGAGGCUAUACGACCACGGGAAGAAGUCGCACACGACGCACGUGGUGGGCACGAUAGGCUACAUCGCGCCCGAGCUGACCCACACGGGGAAGGCCUCGACGAGCACGGACGUCUUCGCGUACGGGAUCCUCCUCCUCGAGAUCGCCUGCGGCCGGGCCGCGGUGUCCUACGAGGCCCACCGCAACGCGAUCUUGGUGGACUGGGUGGUCGAGUGCAUGCAGACGGGGAACGUGUUCGACGCCGUCGACGCGAGGAUGGAGUAUGUGGUGGAGGAGAUGGAGAUGGUGUUGGGAUUAGGGCUCCUGUGCUCGCACCCGAGGAAGGAGAUGAGGCCGACGAUGAGGCAGGUGGUUAGGUAUUUGAAUGGGGAUGAGGUUAUGCCGUUGCUUGAGAGCUUGAGUUUGGAAGGUUCGAGAAGAGUCGAUGAGAUUACGGCGAGGCUGCUCCAGCUGGGAUUGGUGGAUAGGGUUUUGAGGUAUAGCUCGGAUUCGGUGAAUUGGGGGGUUUCUGUAGGGGUUAUGUCUUCUACUACUUCUUUUGAUGGAGGGAGAUGAUAUUUAGUUUUUAUUUUUAUUUUUUAUUUUAUUAUAGAUUCUUUAAGAUUCACACAAUGUAAUUAUAAUGCUCAGUUGGAGGAAUAGAGUGCAAAUAUAGUAGAAAAUCGAAUACUAGAAUGUUAUUCUUGUCAUAGUAUGUAUACUUCAAUUAGAGUUGAUGAUUAUCAUCACUCAUGAUUCAAGAUCAUACAAAUUAAUUAUAUUAAUUAAGUUUUA